AUGAGACGUAUUUUUCGCGUCUUCCUCAACGGGAUUUUCCCCUUUUUUCUGUUUAGUCUCAUUCAGGUUGAAAGCAAUGGUUUGAUAGAAAAGGUAACUUCGAAGGGAGACCUGGACUUAGUUAUAGUGUUCGAUGUUGGAUUUAAGGAGACCAAGGAAAAGAAGCGCUCCAAGGCAUUGGAAAAUAUCGCGGAGUUGGCAAGGAACCUGUUGGUAGGAGGGGAACGAAAUGUCAACCUAACAUAUGUAACAUACGACAGUGUGAGUGUACAAACUGCAGCACGCGCAGAUAAUAGGAGUGCAAAGGGUAAUUCUUCCUCAGGUAACCGAACAAAUGGGUCGUUGGAGAGGUUCCGAAGAAGCGUGAUGCAGACCGAAAUGAAGCAGUCGCAACAAAGCUCCAAUCAUCUGAAGGUCUUGAACUAUGUAGGUAUGAAACACUUCUACGAUGCAGAAGAUACAUCUACGAAAAUGAUAAUAAUGUUUAUGAAUACGGAUGGAAUUCCAGCAAGAGAUAACAGAGAACUAAAUCUAGUGCACUACCUACUGGAUAGAAAAAAUAUUACACUGAACAUAAUAACGAAGGUGAAUUUCAAAUCCUAUUGUCAUUACUUACAUAAGGUUGGACCGAACACAAACGAGUUGUUAAGAUGUGUUUUAAAAAAUUCAUUCUAUCACAGAUUGAUACUGACUUAUACUAUGGAAAAAUUCUACGACGACAUCGCGACGAAUGCAAAGUGCAGUGAUUGGUCUGAUUGGUCUGAAUGCUCUGUGUCGUGCAACAUGGGUUACCACUUCAGUAAAAGAAAUACCAUGGAAAAUAUAGAAAAUAGUUUAGGGGGGAAAUACAAAAGAACAGGAAAAAAUUGCACAGAUCAAAGGAGUCUUGUUAUCCAAGAAUGUUUUAACACAAGUUGUGAUCACUCUCUUGAUAUUUGUGAUAUACAAUUUGAUUUGUCUUUACUAAUAGAUGACUCAUCUGACAUUUCCCAAGAUUAUUGGCUUAAAUAUAUUUUGAAACCAAUCAGAAAUCUCAUUUCUCAUUUGAAUAUGGGUUCGAAUUUACUUAAUAUAUCCAUCACUACUUUCUCUCAAGAGACAUAUAACUGGAUUAAUUUUUCUUCCAACUUGGCUAGAAACAGAGAUGAACUUCUGCUGUUCUUAGAAUACUGGAGAUUCAAUUUUGGUGGCGCAUCCAAUAAUUUGAGUAGCGCUUUAAAUUAUAUGAACGAUCAUGUUCUUAAUAGCAAUGAGGCAAGACCCAAUGCCCAUAAGGUUCUUGUCAUUUUUAACACGGGAGAUGUGAGCAACAAGAUGGCUAUGGGAGCGAAGGAAAUCGUUCGCAAUAUUAAGAUGAAGUAUGCAGCUGAUGUGUAUUCCAUUUGCUUGAAGAACACCAGAGAUGACAACUGCGGAGCGAUUAGUGGGGCCAGCAUAUCCACGGACCAAGUGGGCGCAGUGGGUAUUACCAAUCAGGAGGAAGGCACUAACUCCAACCCUGUAAAUACCGCCCCCUUCUUCUACUCCUAUAGUAAUGUAUCCGAAUUCAGAGAUCAGAUCACCGAAAUACAGAAGAAUAUUUGCAAGAAUGCACACCAGGCCAUCGUCACGAACAGACGCCAAAGGAGAAGGAACCUACGGAGGGCGGAAGACGAGGCGGGGGGAAACGCAUGGCGAGGGGGUAGGGGAUCCCAACAUGGGCAUGACGACGAAGAAGACGAUGAAUCGGAGGAAGGAGAAGAGGUAGAAAGAAGGGAUGGACAACGGGGAGGAAAAGGAACAAGAGAAGAGGAAGUAGAAGGAGAUGUAACGUCCAGGGAAGACACAGAUGGAGAAACAGAGUUAGAAACCAAAUCGACAGUACUACCCAGUUCAGAAGCUGCGUCAGAACCUGUUGCUGAAUCAGAAACCAAGGAGAAAGCAGAGUAUAGCGUUAUGCCAGACAUAGUGUUAGAGUCACUUCCUAGAGGAUAUAUCGGCGCUGUACCAGACGAACCCCCAAAUGAAAACGGAAAAUUGGCGCAGAAUCUGCACGUACCCAAGUCGAUCAACAUAAUACCCCCAUCCUAUCCCAACAACGGAGGAAAUGUAAAAGGUUUAAACAAAAACAGAGCAAUUCUAAAAUCAUUCACCCACUUGGAACGAAUAGAUGAUGCAGAAGAGGAGGAGGUAGAUGUGGAACCCACUCAGAAACCGUUAAAGAAAUACUCCUCAGAGUACAACAUAGAUGCAUUGCCAUCCUACAAAAAUAGAGGAAUAAAAAACUUAAUCUGUAGACUGCUGAGAUUUCUAUUUAGAAAAAAAAAACAAUAUAAAUUACGAAAAAUGGAUCCAAAGGACCAGGAAAAGAUAAAACAGUUCAUAUCAGAUGUAAAAGCGUUGACUGAUUCUGAAGGAAUAUAUCUCCAAAUGGAGAAAGAGAUAGAGGAAGAUUUUAACGUGAUGCUAGAAAAUAUAUUUAAAAAUAUUGGCCUUUCAUCUUUCAGUGACUCGGACUUUGAUUCUGCAAGUGUGUCUAGCUACGGAUCGUAUAUAGAUGAUGAGGAGGAACUAGGGCUGGAUAGUACGUUACCAUGCAGUUGGUUCUAUAUAGAUGCGGCUCAGAUGAACGUGGAUCAUCUCGCCAGUGGGGGAAAUGGCAUCGACGUGGAUGGACGCACUGAUGCGGAUACCGACAAUGGAUCCAUUAUUAACAUGGAUAACGAUUCCAAUGAGGAGGAUACUCCUUCCGAAGGGGGGAAAAGCAUUCACGAAGAUGUAUCCAUAGUUGACAUACUGGUGAAAGAAGGAGGUUUUGCUACAAUUGAAAAGGGAAUGUUGAAAAGGAGGAAGAGAUCCAUCGAUCAGACACAGGGACAAAGCACAUCGAGUGAAGAAACUCACAGUGAGAAAAAUGAAGAUGCAGGUGAAAGCAGAGAGAGUAUGGAAGGAGGAGCAAUCUUACCUGGCAGUCUUGAUGAGAAAGAAAAGGUUGAAUAUAAUAAGGCAGAAGGAGAGCAUAGUGCAGAAGCAAUAUCUUCACAUGUUACAUCAUCUACACAAUCUCUCUCGCCUGAAGGAAACAAAGCACCUUCACAGAGAAAAUUCAAAUCCAAGUUCGACAUCAUUCAGCGCUUCAGAAACAAAGAAGUUGUGGUGGACGACAAAACAGGAAUAAGCUUCGAUACAGAGAAGUAUCCUCCCCUCAAAAGCAAAGAAGGGAACAAACCAAUUAGCCAUCUGGAAGAACAUACAGAAGAAAAGAAGGAUGAUAGCGCAUCUGUACAUAUCCUCGGCAGUCCUCAACGAACGAACUGUUCCAAAGAAUCUAAUGAGCCCUGUGAUCAAGGAGGAGUACUUCCUCAACCAGUCCCCAUGAAUUAUAAAAAAACUGAACAAAACAAAGCAACCAUCAUUAAGGAACGUAUCAAACCAAAUGGAGAUAUCAAAGUACAAGACAACUAUGGGAUGAUAAAAGGUGAACAGAACAAAACAUCAAGUGCUACCAAAAACCAAACACAUGUACAUGAUCCGAAUGACCAAGUCCAGUAUAAUCUUCAACAAGGGGAUAUAAACAGUGCCUGGGGAACAGGACAAUAUGAUGUCCCUGAGGAAGAAGAGUUUGUGGACUCAAGUAUAUAUAAGUACUCAGCUUCCUUUGCUCUAAUUGCUGUUGUCGUUCUAGGUGCUGCUUUUCUGUACAUACGGAGUCAGAAGAAUCUUAUGGAGCCUGUUCCUGUAACCUUUAACGACUUUGGAACACACAAUAAGGAAAAGAAGGUGGAGUGCAGAGAACAGCAUGUUGAAUUAAGGAAAGAUGAAACAUCUUGGCAGUAG